UUGGUGCUGUGUGGUUGGCGACGCGACGCCGAAACUCCUGCGUGCUCCUUCCGUGCUCUGGUAUCCACCCAAACGCGUUUUUGCCGAACGCACUGCGACCAUCGUGCGUGUAGCAUUCUAGUCGUGGGUGUUUGAGUGCGAGACUGUGUGUGUGUGUGAGUGUAAAUUAUGAAUAAAAAGUAUUCGAAACAAACACCAGCUGCACUACUCGUACGAGUAGAAGGAUAGCAAAACAGAGCAAAACUAAGUAGUCUCUAAACAGAAAUUCAUAUUCAUAAAGAAGUUCUCGUGCGCGCGAAUGUGUGUGUGUGUGUGGCUUUAAUUCAGAAAGGGGGAAUCCCUCAUACUGUUUUCCAACGUUUUGACAAAUUAAAAUGCAUAAAUUAUGAAUGAAAGUACCGUUACGUGCGUGACAAGCAAUCAUUUGUUAUUAUUAUGCACGUGGCCAACCAACUCUUAAGGCUAGAAAAAGCGAGAGAGAACACCUCCUUUGAAGUCCUCCCAAGUUUUCUACACUCCCGCAAAUCGCGAUUCCAAGGUCCAAGCGUCACCUCAGCGGUUCCUUAAGGUUGGCCAGGAAAAAAAACGAAGAAAAAUACCAGUCAUAAACUUCCUGCCACACGGAAACUUUUGCUGAUGUUUCAAUUAAAUACAGUGCGUUAAGCGACAGAGACUACACAGAAGAAUCCGAAGUAGAGGAAGCCCGAAAUAGAAAAAAGAACGAGAAAUAGAAAUAGAAAGAAAAAAACCCAUAGCCAAAUAGAGGAGCAAACACAAAUAGGGGAAACGCGCACAACAGACAGGAUAUAGCAUGUAAAUGUGACUGCCCGUUUGUGUAUUUGUGGGGGUGUGUACUGUACAGUAGAGCGCGGUUAAUAGGAAAAGCAAAUAGCAACGAGCUCAUGGAAAAUAAAUAUAAAUAAGCAGACGACGGAGCGAGCCAGGACAAGAAAAGCAAUUGGUUGACGCUUUCCCUCGUUGGCGGUCAAGGGAAAAUUUAUUGCAUUGCACAAAUGAGACAAGAGGAAAACGCAAACGAAGCAAAAGCAAACACGGAGAGAAAUAGUGGGAGAGAUACAGAUAGAGGAAUAGGAAGAGCGAGUGUAUGAAUAAGAAGAAUAUCCGAAAAUUCCGCAACAAAUUGAAAAAUUAAAGUUUCGCCCAAGAAACUUCUUUGAAGAAAACAGAACAACAAAACCACAUAGAGAAAGUGAAAGACAGUGUGGAAAGCACAGAAGGAGACAAAAUAAGAGAUACAGUAGUAGAGAAAGAGAAGGUUAAUGCAACAGCACCAUGGAUGCUCCACAAUAUAAACGUCGCCACCUCAUCCUUGCCUGGAUUCUGCUACAACUCUGCUACGAAGCCGCAGAAUGCCUGACAAUGACCGAAAUCAAAAUACCCAAGCACAUAAUGCGGCACGAGGAUGCCGCGCUCGGUUGCAAGUUUGAUCUGGAUGGAGAGUCGUUAUAUUCUGUUAAAUGGUAUAAAGAUGGCUUCGAGUUCUACCGCUAUGUACCAAGGGAUAUGCCGCCGGGGCAGGUCUUUCCCCUGCCCGGAGUUGAUGUUGAGUUGCAAAACUCCACGGACGUGGUUGUUGUUUUACGUUCGGUUAGCCUUCAGUCGACUGGACGGUAUCGCUGCGAAGUGUCCGGCGAGGCGCCUUCGUUUCAGACAGUUUCCGGUCACGAGGACAUGAUUGUUGUGGUGACACCAAAGCACGGGCCACAGAUCACCGGCGGACAGCCACGCUACCAAAUUGGCGACAUGGUGCGCGUCAACUGUACCUCGGCGGCCUCCAAGCCGGUUUGCCAUCUCAGUUGGCUAAUUAACGGGAUGCACGCGAAUCGCUCCCUGCUGCGGCCCUACGAACCGCUGAUUGUGGGCCGCGAGGGUCUGGAGGUGGCGCGACUGGGGCUGGAGUUCCGCGUCCGCGGAUGACAUUUCAAGCACGGCGACAUGAAGCUGAAGUGUGUCGCCAAAAUCUCCUCCGUGUAUUGGCAGAGCAACGAGGAGAGCGUGGAGAGUGACAAGCACCAGAGGAUACCCGUUCUCGAGUCACGAGAGACGGUCAUGUCCAAGUCCCACCAGUCGCUGGACAAGUCACAGUCCCCCCUGGAAGACAAACAACUGAAGAAGAGUCGACGCCCCGCAGCGGCCACAUCAGCGGCGGCAAGUGCCGCCUCCUCCAGUGCGGCAGCAUCAUCAUCAUCAGUAUGGGGCACAGUAACGGGCUCAUCUGCGCCCUGGUCACGCAUAUUAGCUUCCAAAUCAAUUGCACGCGUUUCCCUCUACGCGCUGCCAGUCUUAAUAGCAUUUCUGUGUAGCCUUCCGACGACCAUCCAAGGGAGUGGGGGCUGCUGCUGCCACUGGAGAUGGACUUGCAAUAGAAGGACGACCGGCAGCAGGCGGCUGUCGACCCAAUUAAACGUGAACGCUGAUCCACGUAGAUAACAAUUAACAAAGAUGUUGGCCAAUAGAGAUGAGGUUGAGAAGGAGGAGGAGGAGGAAAAGCAUCCAUUGUUUGGUUUGAAAAUCCCAUCAAGUUCUUUGUAAAUAUUUGAAUUUACAUCAAGUAUACGCCGCGUAUUGGUCCUGCUUCACUGUAUGUCUGUACAUAUCUACAUAUAAAUAAUUAUUAGAUGGAGUCUAUUUAUAGCAUAGAAUGUCGUUGUUCCUCUCUGGGCUUUCUGCUUCUUAGCUCCUAAGAAAAAUGCUCAAAGUUGUUUGCUAAGAAACACACAAACAAAACAAAAAAAUACAAGUGAAGAAAACAAAUAAAGAAAUAUGAAAAAAAAUAUAUUUAAAAUAAAGAAAGACGAAUAUAUACAUAUGUACGUAUGCCUAACAGAUAUUGUAUAUUGUAUUUUAAACCAAGUAAGUAGCCAAAACGAAUAGGGUUUAAGAGCUCCCAAUAUUUAAUCAUUUCAUAGUUUAAGCAUAUCCUUUGGAUGAAGAAAUAAUCCAAAUGGAAGCAUAUUUGUGUUAGAAAUAACGAGUAAUUAAGAUUUAGAAUCAAUUCAAAACUUGAUCCUGACUAAAGCUUAAAAUACAGACAAGGUAGAAUCCGUAUAGUUUGAGAAUAUAUUAAAAGAGAUCUGUCUAAAACUAAUUUGUAUUAAUGUACAGGCGUACAAAAAUAAUUACAAAUUAAAUAGAUUUUCAUUAUUUUCGUUGUGUUUAUUUAAGUUUGUGAAUUAAUCGUAUUGCUUUCCAGGAUAUUAAUAGUUACCAUUUUCCAUUGCUUAACUUUAGAUAUCCAAGAAGUAAAACUAGCAUAAGAUUGUAUAUAUUUUAAGGAUAGUUUUCCUGAUAAGUUUUGAAAAUAAAGUAGUAUUUACGAACUAGAGAUGGAUGUGUGUCGAAAGAUUGUUGGAGAACAUUAUAUUUAAAAAAAAGAAGAAAAUUCCAAGGGGAAAAUUAAAUACCUACAAAAAUCUCCAUUCUCAAUCGCUACACUCGGCCAUCCCUAAUUCGCUUAAACCCAAAUUCCAGCUAUUGGCCGUGAAAAGCUUUGUAAUUGAAAUGCUUAGCAAAGAAAACGCCACAAACACCAUCCUCACUCACCCUCUGCCAUUCAUCGAUUUCACUGAACUUAUACGUAUGACGCACACCUUAAGGCAUAUCUCUCUGUGUAACCCUCUCUCUUGUACGACGAAACCAAUUGUUAAAUGUUAAUAGGCUAAGAGCAUAACUAGUGAAAUUAUAUUCAAAUCCAUAGAGAACUUAAGCCAAAACCCUGUGUAGCAGUGUAAAUUAUACGGAUAAUGAAUGUUAUUAAGUCUUUAAACAAAUAAAGAAUGCAACAACAAACAACAAAAAAAAACAAA